AAAUAACCUCAAAGCGAUACCGGAGGCAAACACGGCAUCGCUGACAUUUUUAUUAUUAUUUUGUAAACUAGUUAGAAAAUUCCACAAUGAGCCGGAACUACAAAGAAGACCAGAGCAGUGAGAUAGAAGCUCUCGACUCCAUAUAUUGUGGAGAAAUGGACGUCCUAGAAACAGAGCCUUUCCACAAAUUUCAAAUUCCGAUUGCGACAGAGGAGUACUACGCUGAUUCAGCGGAGGACGGCGAAAAGGGUUUAGCCUGCAAACUGGUGUUCACAUACACAGCCAAAUAUCCAGAUGAAGCACCGCUGGUAGAAAUCGAGGAUGCCGAAAAUUUUGAAGACAAUUUCGAAGCGCAACUGCUCGAGCAGCUACGUCUUACAAUUGAGGAGAACAUUGGCAUGGAGAUGAUAUUCUCGCUGGUGAGCAGUGCCCAGGAAUGGUUGAAUGUGCAAUGGGACGAGCACAAGAAGCAUCAGGAGGACGAACGUGCGCGCAAGGUGCAAGAGGUCGAGGAGGCGGAACGCAAGAAAUUCGAAGGCACGCGGGUGACUGUCGAGACAUUUAUGAAAUGGAAACUGGAGUUCGAGGAGAGCACGGGCAUUACUGCCAAACGGGAAAAGAACAAUGAUUGUAAGAAGCUGACGGGCAGGGAGCUGUUUAUGUGCGAUAACACAUUGAACGAUUCGGACAUCAAGUUUCUGCUGGAGGCCGGUGAGAAUAUCGAGAAUGUUAAAAUCGAUGAAACAUUGUUCCAAGAUAUUGGUGAACUGGAUUUGGAUGAUGACGACGACGAUGAGGAUUGGGUGCCCGGCGCCGAUGACGAUGAUUAGGCGGCAUUCUGCGAUAUUACAAUAAACUUUCUAUAAGGCAUUCUUGUGUUUAUUGCGAACAAAAACAGCGCUCAGCACACAGUGAGGCCUCCACUUGGUGUUUUAAAUAAAAUGCUAGUUUUGCUAUUAAAUUAAUCCAA